GCAGCGGCAGUAGGAGGGUGAGAGAGAGAUACAGGAGAGAGAUAUACAGGAGAGAGAUAUACAGGAGAGAGAUAAGAGAGAGAUAGUGAGCACGCCGAUCGGUGCAGAAGAACGGAGAGAGGAGAGAAAAGAGCGCGAAAGGGAGAGAGAGAGAGAGGCGUGGAAGGACUGAACGCUUUAUCGUAAUUUUGGCGGGAAAAUUAUAUAUACGUUUUAACAAUAAAAUUGGUAAAAUUAAAGAUAUUUUUUCCCAUCAAUCUACGAUAAAUCGAUAGCAGUAGGUUGGUGAGGCGAGGGUGGAUUUUCGACCUUGUGAAAAGUGCCACUAAAAAGUAAAAAAAAAACGUGAGACACACAGAACGAGACAAGACAGCGACAUGGCGACGGCUUCCUUCGGCAAGUUCACCCACGCCGUGGUGAGGGAGCUGCCCGCGUCUCUGGCUGCUGGCGCCCUCCGGCACCACGCAGGAUGCGAGGGCGGCGAGGCGACGGCGGACGACUACGAAGGACGAGAGACGGAGACGACGACGGCGGUGGUGGACAUGGCGAAGGCGUUGCGGCAACACGGGGUGUACGUGGGCGCCCUGCGGCAGAAGCUCGGGCUGCAGGUGGUCGUGAUGCCGGCAGACGAGGCGCUGCCAGACUCCGUGUUCGUCGAGGACGCCGCCGUCGUGUGUGGGGACACGGCGCUCAUCACGAGGCCUGGAGCCCCGUCACGGCGGCCAGAGGUGGAGGCCGUGAAGGGCGUUGUGGAAGAGCUGAAGAUGCGCAUCGUGGAGAUGACGGACGAGAGCGCUUGUCUCGACGGAGGAGAUGUCCUCUUCACCGGACGGGAGUUUUUUGUGGGUCUGUCCAAGCGCACCAAUCAGCGAGGAGCCGAAAUUCUGGCGGACACGUUCAGGGACUAUGCUGUGUCCACCGUGCCUGUGAGUGGAGCUCUGCACCUCAAGAGCUUCUGCAGCAUGGGAGGACCUGACCUGCUCGUCAUCGGCAGCAGCGAAAACGCACAGCGUGCGCUACGGACCAUGCAGCAGCUCACCGACCACCACUACGACAAACUCACCGUGCCGGACGACUGGGCCGCCAACUGCGUGUACGCACGGCUCGGCAACAAGGGGCACGCGCUCUUACACGCGUCCGCCGAGGACUUCCCCGAGUCUGCCAAGGCGUUUGAAAAGCUGAAGGAUUACGCCCUCAUCCCGGUGUCCAACACGGAACUGGCGAAGGUGAACGGCGCCCUCACGUGCUGCUCGGUGCUCAUCAACAAGCGCCACCAACUGUGACGUCACCCCGCCUGGCCCCCUCCCUCCCUCCCUCCUCACCGAUCGCGGUCAACCACGCUCGCUCGCUCACGCACGCACGUGCACGAUCACACACGCAAUGUUACGCGUACACGCACGCAGUGUCCCGCACGCACGCGCGCGGUUUGCAAAGUCUCACACGAGCACGGCGCUCUCGUACGCUCGCACACAAUCGCCGCACGCUCCUUCGUACGCCCACAAUGCUCGUCCCCAGUUGCCCCUAACCCCCCCCCCCCCCACCUUGAUGUCAGAGUUGAUCACGAGGCACCAGCGAUGAAGGCUCAUUAAACACGACGCAACCACAACGGCCACUUCUAACCGACCAAGCAGCCUCGUGCGGCUCCGAUGGCACUCGGCGCUGCGUGACGCUGAAGAUGCUGCAACGUCGCACGCCCGCCUCGCUGGGGACUGGAGAAUCGGUGGAUGUGGGUGAAAGGGUCAAAUACGUGAAGGUUUAUAGAACACGACGGUUAUACCAUCAUGCACAAAUACAGCAGCGGGGGGGUGGGGUGUGAGUCGGUUAAUGAGUGAGAUUUAUGCGACGGUCGGAUAUGCAACGUGGCACGACGGUGGGUCCCACCGUACCAUCACAAUUCAUCGGCGUUUAUCCGUCUGUGGUGUUGCCGGGCAUCGUUCCGAUAUCGGCAGAAAUUUCUCCCAAGACCCAGAAAACACACCGCAGCCCCAAAUGCUUUCCGUGAGCCAACCGAUUUGAUCGGAAGCGCAAUAUAUUGAGCAGCUGGAUUUACAUAUCGAUUAUCAGUUGCAUGAAGCAGCUCCCAUCGGAUCACGUAAUACCAGUUAGGGGAGCCCAAAAAAGUUAAAUUAAUUUCGCCUCUGCUCCAGUGUGUGCCGCUGGACGGGAAUGUGAUGAGGGGGGGCGGGGCUUGGCGACGUCAUCGGCAUCGUCAGCCCACCGUCACGCUGCGUGUGGCCUCCUGGGGGGGGUGGGGGGGGGGGGCGACGUGUUUUUAAAGGGAGCGCCGAGUAAUCGCCCACGAAAAAAAAAGGAUUUUAUAAUUCGUGAUAACAAGUUUUUGGCGUAAGUAUUUGUGCCGUAACCCUCCGCCACCACCCGACACAGCCAGUAAAGGUUGUCACGUAAACAACGUGUUAAGCCGAUUUGUAAUUCUUGUUAAAACAACAAUUAACCGUAAAUUUCGAUUUAAAGCUUUCGUGACCGCAGGGAUUCAUCUUCUUGGUUCUUUCGGUAAAGUCACGUAGAAGGAAAAUAAUAAAAUAAUAAAAAUUAAAUAUAAUAGAAUAAUUCUCACGACGUUUCGGCCACAACGCAAGUAGUGUUGCGGCCAAACCCUGUUUUCCACCUGAAGACGGCUGCUUGCGUUGUGGCCGAAACGUUGUGAGAAUUAUUUUGUUAUGUUUUAUUUUUUUAUUACUUCCCUUCUACGUGACUUUACCGAAAGACCCAAGAAGAUGAACAAUUAACAGACCCUUAAAUUGACCAAUCGCAGCUCCAGUAAAUGCUCGUGUAGCGUCCAGAACAACUCUGGUUGUCGCCCUGCUGAGGCUGGUUGUUAUUGCAGGCGAAACGUCACUGGUACUCGAAUUGUAAGUGUUGUCGAUUUGCUCUCCACCACGUCGGUGUGCUACACCAGUAACGAAUUGGCACGUUUUAUUUACGUGACGAACCUUACUAAUUGGCUGUUUUCAUCUUCUUGGUUCUUUCGGUGAAGUCACGUAGAA